CAGAGAGAGACGGCUGAGCAGAAAAGACGGAUCAGAUUUGAAGGAUUUAUUUUAACUGGGUGUGAAUUUAAAACAUCAGAAUGAUGCUGGUGGAGAGUCUCGUCUUUGGGAUGAUUUUUCUUCUCACAAAAGGAGUGAGAAGUGAGGUGACAGAGGUGGUUGGUGAAGCGGGUUCCCAGGUCGUGUUGCCCUGCAUGUGUGAAGCUGCACAGUGUGAUCCUGCUGCCAUCACCUGGAACAAAGAGAGCAAAGGCACGGUGUGGAGAAAGCAGAGCAGCGGUCUGCAGUACUGGGGCUCUAACUGGUUUAACAGGGAGAACUCCCGGGUCCAAUGCCCGCACUCGAAGUUUGGCAAAGGUGACUACAGCCUAGAGAUUAACGGUCUGACGAAAGACGACGCAGGACUUUACACAUGCAAGGUGGAAAUCAAAGGCCACUCGACUGACAAACGGAUCAUGCUUCGAAUCAUUGAAGCGUCCGUCUUUCCAUCGACUCCCAUGUGGGGGGACAAUGUGUCCCUCCGAUGUUCUGUGACUCCUUGGCGUGAAGAUGCUGUAGUUUACUGGACGCUGAACAGGCAGUCAUUUACGCCAAAGGCUGGAAGAGCUGUAGAGGUAAAGGCCUCAGAUAAGAUGGCAGGAACCUGGACUUGUUCUGUCCACACGUCCAGCAACGAAUGGAGAGCUUCAGUGGAGCUGUCUGUGGCAGGAAUAAUCCAGCCUGCCAAACAAGACACCAAGCUGUAUGCAGCGUUGGGGUCUUCGUUCACGAUGCCCUGCGUCUUCUCACCUAGCCUUUCCCCCAGAGCGGCACUGGUGGAGAAACUGGACAGCGGGUUUCAAAUUUUCAACAACCGUUCAGCUUCGUCGUCCUCCUGGGACAAAUCCAUCGUAAUCCAGGAGGUCGUGCCUGAAAAUGAGGGCAGGUACAGGUGUGGAGGGAUCGUAGAACGACGAAGACUGAGCCAGACAAUGCAGCUUGUCGUUGCUAAAAUUGUCAAGUCAAAGAAGAAGGGCACCACGAUGUUGAGCUGCCAACUGUCCGACCCAAGCGAAGUGACCAGCUAUGAGUGGGUUCAUGUGAGCUACGACAUCAACGGCACCGAGUCGGUCGGACCAGUCCAGUACGGACAGACGGUUCCUGUGAAGGAGGACUUUGGUGAAUGGACAUGUCGCUACUUUGGGACAAACGGCCUUCUGGGGAAUGUGACCACCCAAGUUCACCUUAUGGCUGGUCUGAGUGGAGAAAAAUCAUCAGGAGUCUCCAGUAACACCGGCACCGUGAUCGGGCUCAGCUUUCUCCUCGUCAUUCUGCUGUUGAUUCUUGCUCAGAUGUACAAGAAUCACCGAAGGAGGAGAAGGAUCUUGCAGUAUCCUGCGCUGGAGACCAUCGUUCACACCAUCUCCAACGAGCGCGAAGAAAGAGAAAAAGAUCGAGUGAAAAAGUGAUUUUCCCUCGACCAGAGAUCUUUGCAGGAAGAUGUUCCCAGUACUAAACAGUGAAAUGUCUUUUCCAUGC